AUGAAGAGGAAAGUUGCAAAAGUUGGGAAACUGAGGCUUAGUCCUAAUGAAGAAACCAUGCUUCUGAAAGAGGAAUACGAGAGAAGAAGAAAACUGAGGCUACAGCAAGUUAGAGAGCAACAGAAGUAUAUCGCUUUGCAGAUAAGGCAGAAAGUAAAGCAGAGGAGAGAAGAACAACUACAUCAGUUAGAGGAGGUGCUCAGAGCUGAAUGGCAGAAAGCACAGGAUGAAAAAAUGAAAGCCUUAGAGAAACUGUAUUUGUCAAGCUUAAGAGCGAUUGGUGAGGGUCACCGACAAGCCAAGGAGAACGAACCUGAUUUAGAAGCUCUGGCAAAGCAAGCAGAGGAAAGGAAACAAAGAGCAGAGAAGAGACAUAGGAAAGCCUUGAAAGAGCAGAAGUACCAAAAAGAAAAAUUACUUCGUGAGCAAGCCCGGCGAACAGAUGCACGUAAACACGCUCUGGAAGUGGAAAGAGAAAGAGCAGCCAAAGUUGCAAGCCUUCCGCCUCCUCCGCCACAUCCUCUUGAGAAUUUUGAAGUCAAAAAGCCUCCUGCAGUGAAGCUCUAUAGUGCUGACCACUUUUCUGUUACACAUUACCAUAUUUCCGAACCUUACGUGGACAAAGGAGUGGAUGGAGAGCAGCCAGAUGCUCGGUUAGCUGCUGAAGAAGAGGGGAAACGUUUGGAGGAACUAAACAGAGAGGUGGAGAGAGAGAGAAGAGAGCAGCUUGAGAAGGCAAAUCUCAGAGGAAGUCAGGCCUUGAAGAAGGUCCAUUUGGCUCAGGACAGGGAAAGGCUACUGAAGGAACUUGAGCAAAUGCAGAAUAUGGAUCGGAUGAGGAGAAGACAGAUUGUAGCCCAGAUGCCACCUCAACUUUUUGUGCCUCCCUACAAACAAAUGGAAAUAAAAGAUGAAUGGCAGAGAGAAUUGGAGUUUGCAUUUGAAGAUAUGUACAGUGAAGACAGGAAAAUGAAAGGAGACCUGAUUUUGCAGUUUGAGCCACAGCCUUUGCCAGCCUCUUCUGAUAGAUCUCAAGAUAAAGAUCUUGAUAUCUCAUUGGACCAAGAAUCUGCUUGUGACACUCAACCAGAAUCUGCUUGUGAUACUCAACAGGAAUCAGGGCAGAUGAUAGAAGAGGAGGUCCCCAGUGAAUCAGAAAAUCAUGAAGAAGCAAAAAAUCACCAACCUCAAUCAAAACUUGUCUUAAAGAAAUUGCUGAACAAGAUCAGAAGCCAAAAAGAAGAGUGGACAUCAAAAAGUGAGAAAGAGAUUCAAAGUGAAGUUGAGACUAUUGAAUCGGGCACAAUUACUAGCAAAGAGAGACCAUUAUGUGGUUCAAGACCUAACUAUGAGCAACAGGAAAAUACAGUAUGUGAAGCCAAAGAUUCUGUGGAAAUGUUGGAAAAUACAGGUGCAGCUGAAAAUUCAGUUCUAAUCCAUCCUCAAGAACAAGCAGCUAAAAUAAGAGUGGAAAAGGAGAGACAGAAGCGGAAUGAGCAAAUAGAGCAACAGAAGCAGGAACAGCUGGCCUUGCUUAAACAAGUUGAAGAAGAGAAAGCACGUUUGGAGGCUCGUUUUUGGCAGAUCCAAAUGCAGACAUGUUUGGAGGAGGCCAAGGGAAAAAAAGAGGAGGAAGAGCAAGGUCAGGUGGUACACAGUGCUCCUUCUGCAGAUCAUCAGGAGAAUGUGGAACAUGAGACUGGAAAUACUACUGUACUGGAAACCAGGAGUCCUAGAGAAGAUGGCCAUUUACAGAAGAUUCGUAAUUAUCAACAACACCUUCUACAGCAAAAUAGGCUGCACAAACAGACCAUUGAACAAGCUAGAAAGCGUCUACAGCAAUAUCAGAAUAAAUUGAAGCAAAGAUACUUGUCUACUCCUGCAGCACCUCCGAGCUCUGUGGAAACAAAUUCAAUUAAUUUAAAGCCCAUCUCAGAACCACUCCUAGAGAGAGGAGGAGAGCAACCAACACAGUACCAGUCCUCUGAACACGUUCAUGCACAAGGGUGUGCACCAUCACCACCUGCAUUUUCAGGAACACUGCAUAUGUUGGAAAAACUGCCUUCACAGAAACGUGAAGAGCAAAUGCGUAACGUUUGUCCUGCUGGACACGUGCAGUUUUUAGAAGCAUCAAAAAUGAAGCGUGGAGAGUUCAGCUUGCCACGUGGCUGUCCUUCACAGGAACAAGUGGGAAUGUUGGAAACCUCCAGUAAUCACAUCAGGGAAACAUGCGUACAAACUGUUAAAUUUCUUUUGCCUGCAGAAGAUUCCUCUCAGCCUUCAGAAACAGUGCACUUUAAAGAGUCAUCUCAGAAGAUGUCUAACCAUCAGACUGAGACAGAAGCAGGAGAAGAGCCUUUGCUUAAGGCACCCCUCAUACCAGCAGCAAAGGGAUCUCCUGUAGUUCAGGCAGCCUCAGCUCAUCCUUUGGCGUAUUGGCAGGGAUCUGCAGAGAGCACCGUCAAAACAAGCCUUGAACAACCCCGCAGUCUUUCUGAACGCAUGACUUUAUCUCAUGAAGAAUCUAAAGCCCAGGACAGUGAAGAUUUCUUGAUAUCGAAGACAGGAGAUGCAUCUUUGUUAAAUUAUUCUGGUAUAAUUAAUUUAAGGGACAGACUGUUGGCCUCAUCAGAGAGCAUCCAAGCUCAGCAAAAGUAUUUGAAAGAAUUGCAAGAGCAGCUAGAUAGACAAAGAGAAGCCCUUCUUUCUAGGCAGAAAGUACAAGAACAACUACUUUUAUGGAAGCAAGAUAAAUUGAAGGAACAGAUGCAGAGACAGCAAGAGGCUUUGAAAGGAUUUCUGAACAGGCAGGUGAGACAAAUCUGCACAAAUGAAGGAAUGACAGAGGCACGAAAGCCUGACCGGAUUGAUAGGACUGACUUUUUGCAAGUCUCAGAGAACUAUCAGCAAGAGAAUUGUGGCAGGAGUACGUUUCAUGGAAGUGAAAUGACUUCACCGUGCAUUGGUCCAACUGAGCGCACUGAACAGUCUGAGAAAGUUCUGUGUAGAGAACAGAAGUGGAGAUCUUCCAAACCACCUGUGACGAAAGUCAAGUUAGGCCUUGAUUUGGAACAGCAUGAACUUAGUGUUAUACCAGAGGUGGACACACCAAAGAGUUGCAACAUUUCUUUUGCAGGUAAAACGGGUUCUCUUGGUGGAGAAGCUUCUCCUGUUUCAACCACUGAGGAGUUUGCGCAUGUAAAAAGCUACAGUCGUGUUCCUCCUGAAGAAAGCAGGUUACCUUCGAGCAUAACAAACUGUGAGGAACAGAUGCCAAAUGGAAGCCCAAGGCAAAGUAAACAGUCAAAUAGCUUAUUACAAGAGGUGCUGAUGAUGACUGCUGAAAAUUCGUGUGGUUCAGCCCAGUCACAGGAUUCUGAAGUGUCCCAAGAUUCACCAGGUUUUGCAGCCGAAAUUAGAGAGGGAGUUACAACGCGUUCUGGACCAUCAUUCCGACUUGAUAAUAUGGAAGUACUUUCUAAAGUAGUGUCCACGAACUUAGGUUCAGAGUCCUUCAUGCAAGGAGCACCCUGUGACUUAUCUUCUAUUUCCACUGGAAGCCUUUUGACUAGUGAAACCUCGGAUUUUAGCCCUGUUGAUGCUGGAUUGUCUUCUGCUGGUACGGAAGGUCGAAUUUUGAGAGAAACAGCAGGCCGCCCUUGGAACUCCUCUCUGCUUUUUGCCGUGCGACGGAGGCAAGAGAAUUUGUCUGGUGCAUCUGAAACUGGAAGAGAGAUGCAUCAUCGUAAAGGAAGUCGGAUACAGCAGAUCUUAGGGAAAAGUAUUGAAAACUUGAACUCCUUCUCAGAGGACAAUACACGUUUCCAAGCUCUAGCAGCUGAACUUGAUUUUCCUGAAAUGGAGAGACAUUUUCCAGACUUACGUCAACAGCUCUUUCAGCCUUUGGAACCGAGUCUUGACUCUGAUACUUCAUCAUCCUGUUCUCAAUACAGAAUUUCACAAGACAGUAGAGAAUUUAGCAAGACUUCAAAAUUUUCGAGAGCAAGUCAAGACAUGUCUGCAUUUCUAGAAGUGGGAAACUCCAGUUUGGAUAUACCAAGAGGCAAUCUGCCUUCUAGUCCUGAAACAAACAGGCCAAACAACCUUACGUCAGAAGAAGAGUCUGCUAAAGAUAACAUUACUCUGGGAUCUGAGGAAUCUUUUCACCCACUGCCACUGGAAUCUACUCUGAGCGAUCAGUGUCCAAAUGCUGAUCAGGUAAUGGACCUCAAUGCUGUGUUACCUUUUGAACAAACUUCUGAAAUUAAAGAGCAGGGCAAUGAGAACUGUAUCUCAUCUGCCAGAGAAUACGAAGAACUGGCGAGAAAUGUGGAAUGUAUUGAUCCGCAGUGUUCAGUGGAAGACCUGCAAAAUGAAAGUCUGAAUCCUCUGGAAGAGCAAAAAUCAUUUUAUGAGCUAAAUACCACACCAGUUCCAGUGGAUGAAGCUUUCCCUCAACACUUACUAAAAGAGACUGUGUCUUCUGAAAAAUUAUCUGUGAGAGCAUUCGGUAAGAAGUAUGUGAAGCUUCCUGAAAGAUCACUUCAUAUACAUGAAGCAAAUAAAGCUGUGGAGCUGGAUUCUCAGUGCAAUACAAGUAUUACAGAGCCAGAUCAAGGCUUUCCAGAAGUAAAAACGUCUUGGUGGGUUCCCAGAGAAACCAGCUUGGAAGACUCAGACAUCCAUUUACAGGCUGUUGUACAACAGAGUGGUUCAUUCCUGGAAAGACAAGAAAAACACUUCAAUUCUGUGCCCAGAAGCUCGUGUUGUAUCCCAGUCUGGGAGACUGACUUAAGGCGUGGUAUUAUGGAAGAGCCUGAACUCACUCCGAUAAGCUCAACUGACAUCAGUAUUGCAGAAUCAGAUAUUGAACAUACUAACCAAGAGAAAGUGAAGGAGGAUAAAAUCAAUAACCCAGCAUGUGUGAAUCCAUCUGAGUUUAAUGUUUUUACUGAGGAGAGAGAAUUUUUACCACUAGCUGCAGAUGUGGAGCAUUCAGUGGUGGUAAGGCCUGACCGUUCUUCCAAAGCCCAGAGUCCCGGUGACAGUCACUUCCCAUCACACCAGACUGCAGUGAUGCUGCUGGAGUUUAAUUCUACACCAGGAAGUUUGCAAGAAUCUUUUUUAAAAAGAAAGAAGAAUUUCAUCCAGAAAUCUCUGAAAAGAGUAGAAGAAAUAAAAAAUAAAGAGGCAGAAAAUGAGAAGCCAGAAGCCAGACAGUUUCAAAGAGCAAAGUCUGAGAAGUUAAGCAGGCCAAAGGAUUCUUUUUGUAUCUCUGGGAAAAAGGGCGCAGUUGUCAAUCAGUUGAAGAAAGUAGGAGAAGUGAAGGUGUCUUCUCCAGAGGACAGGAAGACUGGAGAAAUUGAAAUGCACCAGCGUACUUCAAGGCUUUAUAAUCAACUUGCAGAAGUAAAGGUCAGAAAGGAAGAAAAAACAAGGCAAGAAACUUACGCAAAAAACAGAGAAAAGGCUAAAGAGUUUCAGAAGAAAAUGCUGGAAAAACUACGAGCCAAGAAGACUUUGAAAGCACCAUGA